CAAUAAUGGGCAGGAAUGCAGACCACAGAGAGAGGUAAAAGCCUUGUUUAUUCUCCAGUGGGAACUACACAGGAAAAACGGAGACAAUCUUGUCUGCUUCGACUUUUGUUGAAUGCUCAAAAAGCUUAACGAAGUGUUCUUUCUCUCUCUAACCAAAGUCACUCGAAAGUAUAAUUUCCUCAUUUGGGUGAUACUUUUUUAUUUUUCCGAGCUGUCGCAUGCCUCCUACCUGCAACUUUCGUUCAACUUAGGGUUAGGGUUUAAUUCAUGGAAUUUUGAAAGGAGAUUUCACGAUUCUAGGACGGAGUAGGUUAUGAGAUUGUGGAUAGGGUUAGGGUUUUGGUUUAUCUUCACGGACACUGUGAUGUUCGACUGAUGGCCACUGUGAAUCCGCAGCCACUGCAAAGUCGCUCUUACGAGGGGCAUGACGACCAUAUGCAAACUCCUGUACAGAUUGUUGAUGUCGAAGGUGGAUACGAAACCGAUGGUAUUGGUGGUGGCGGUGAUGAUGCCAUGGACGACGUUGAUGAAAUUCGGAUGAAUUCGGGAAACCCUGUUGAUCAGAAUGUUGUUGCUGUGUCUGCUCGAACAAGUGAGCUCACCUUAUCGUUUGAAGGCGAAGUUUACGUCUUCCAUGCCGUAACACCUGAAAAGGUUCAGGCUGUACUAUUGCUUUUGGGUGGGCGAGACAUACCUUCUAGCAUGCCUACUAGCAUUGAAGUACCUUUUCAGGACAAUCGGGUUGUUAAUGAUAUCCCCCGGCGUACAAAUCUUUCAAGAAGAAUUGCUUCUCUAGUUAGGUUCCGUGAGAAGCGGAAAGAGCGAUGCUUUGACAAGAAAAUCCGAUAUACUGUCCGUAAAGAGGUGGCUCAGAGGAUGCAUCGUAAGAAUGGUCAGUUUGCCUCUUUGAAGGAGAACUACAAAGGACUGCCAUCUGGUGCAAGUUGGGAUCCGGCUCAGAGUUCCCUUCAGGAUGAUGGUACUCCUCGCCCAGAAAUUGUUCUCCGUAAAUGCCAGCAUUGUGGCAUCAGCGAAAAGUCCACUCCAGCAAUGCGUCGUGGACCAGCUGGUCCUAGGUCUCUUUGCAAUGCUUGUGGGCUUAUGUGGGCAAAUAAGUUUAAUUUGCAGGGAACUUUAAGAGAUCUCAGCAAGGGAGGAAGGCAUAUAUCUUACGACCAAGAACCUGGAACACCAAUUGAAGUUAAACCUUUGAUAGUGGGAGCCGAUAAUCCCUCUACCAACCAGGAUGAGCUGUUUCAGGGUAAUCCAGAAGAUCUUUCAAAGGUUGUGAGUGCAGGAAAUGAGAAUCGAUCUGUCAUCCAUGGUGAGGGAAGCCCAGGAGAGACAAAGCCUUUACCCGUGGAGACUGGAAAUCCAUCUAUCAGCAAGGAUGAGCAGGAAAAUAUGGAUGAUCUUGCAGACACUUCAGAAAUUGAGAUUCCUUCCAAUCUGGAUGAGCCGACUGAAGUUGAGGCAUGCUUUGUGCUGAAUGAUGGUCAUGGAUUUGAUGCCACUUCGAAUGGCCAUGGCACUGAUACUUAGUUGUGAAGGUUGUUUUCUGAUUGGUGGAACGUGCUCGACGGGUUUGCUACUGACCUAAGAUAUCUGGAGAUGGUUUGUCUAUAAAAUGCUAGAGAUCCUAUUUGUGUAUGACUGCUAGAAAUCAUCCUGAGUGUCUGUUCCAUAUGUGGUCCAUUCGAUAGCCUUUUUUUUUUUUUUUUUUUUCUGUUUUUGCUCCAAUUAAAAUUUAUUGAAAUGGCGCCUUCAGAUUCUAAAUCCUUCUUGUAGUGAUAGGGCUGUUUGUGACAAUGAUCUGUUUGUUGUAUAACACCAGUCACCUGUAAUUAUAGGAACUAACGUAAUUCAGAUUGAUGGAGUGCGUACAA